UUAAACCUGCCUUAACAAUGUAACACACCGUGUUUACUUUAGCUAAAUAACACACCUCGUUGUAAAUUAAGUUGUAAAUUACGGGUUGUGAAUUCGCCUAAAACGCCUCCAUGAUGGAUCUUUAAAACUGAAAAAGUCAGGAGCCGAAACACCUACUGCGCAUGCGCAGAGACUGCACCAACAUCUCGGCUGGUGUGUGUGUGUGUGUGUGAUCGCUCCUUUGGCUGUGUUGACGAUGCAGCCUCUGUGGCUGGUAGAUUCCUCUUUGCCUGGGGGUGAGGAAAGCCACCUCCGCCUUCCCCUCAGAGAGAGACUGCUGGAGGCUUUAAGUCUAGGCAAACACCGCCACUACUACAUUUCCCAUCAGCCUUUUAACCAAAUUCAGGAGGAGGAGGAGCAGUGCAUUGAGAAUGUCCUCAGGGUGCGCUCCCCCUCCCUCCCCGACUCUCUGUGCAGAGCGAGAGAUGAACAGGCGGAGGGGGGAGGGAGUGAGAGCGAUAGCGACCUGCUGUUCUUCUCUUUUGCCUCAUCCUCCUCCUGCCCGCUUCUUUCCUCGUCAUCGGAAAGCGAGAGCGUUUCGUGGAUCAGUCAGGGCCGCUCACGCAGACGAAAGCGCAUACGCACGCUCUACAGCAGGCAUGGCCUGAGCUCACACAGCGCCAUGGGCAACCAGGAUGCGAAGCCGAAGCGCUCAGCCCCCGUGGGAGAUGGAGAGAACGCGGUGGAUGAGUGCAGCCAUGCUGACGCCACAAAGAAAGGAUUUCACACCAAGAAAUCCCACGGCAAGCAUGGCAAGGGUGGAGACGGAGGAGGAAAGAAGAAAGGCAAGUCUGAGUCCAAAUCGGUCUUCAACAUCCGCAAGCGAAAAAAUCUAGCCAAGGUUAAGGGCCUGCUCAGCGGCUCGCGUGAAGAUGCUCUGGACUCGCAGCAUGACGAGCUGGACACUAAAACACCCGAGCUGUCGGCCGAUGAGCUCGGCCAAUCCGACGCUGAGGACCAGAGACCCGUUCUCUCUGAUAACAACAGCAGGCAGGAAACUCCGGACGCUCCCGAGAAGAAGGCCAGCUCUGGAUCGGAUACGGAUAUUUACAGCUUCCACUCUGCGGCUGAACACGAGGACCUGCUGGCUGACAUUCAGCACGCCAUCAGACUCCAGCAGCAGGGAAAAGAGUGGAAACAAAAUGGCAUCACUGAGACUGAAAAUAAACAACGCUGCUACACCAAAUCAGAGCCGUUCACCAUGCUGGAGAUGCCACGCUGUCAGGAGAAUGGCCUGGACACGCACUAUGAACUCGUGAAGAGUGAUACAAAUGGAAAAAGAGAUGCAGAGGAGAAGGAGAACAAGCAGAAUGAAGACACAGAGAAGGAGAGGUGGGAGGAGGAGAUUGUUAACGGCAAGAUCGGUGCUUCCGACCCGUCCCUUUGUGCUGCUAUCACCGUAGCAACUGGGACAAAAGAGCCGGAGGCAGCGCGUGACAUAGGCCCCGCCGUUGCCGAGGAGACAGUUGAGGAGACAGUCGGAAGGGUGGUGAAUUUAGUCACCAAGACAACCAGUGAGGCCAGCAUUCCAGACUUCACAGCUUCGUUUGAGAGUGCAGUGGAGGCCACUGAGGAGGUGAAGGAAGAUGAACAUGUGGAUCUUCAGCUUCAAGAGGAAGACUCAAGUUCAGACACAAAACGGCCAGAGACUGGCGCUUCAUCAUCAUCUCUGGACCUAGAAUGCAUCGGCGUUGAGGAUUUGACUGCUGAGCCGGCAGUAGAAGAUAAGGAGGAGGAUGAAGAGGAAGUGCCCAUUGCAAGGAGAAGGAAGAGCAGUAUAUCACUCCCACAAUGGCUGCAGCAGGAGAGUCCUGUAGCUACACGGCACGUGAAGCCCAACAUCCCAGCAGUCGGCAGUCCAGUAGUAAAACCCUACCCUCCCAUCCACCCUUCAUACAUCAAAACCACCACACGCCAACUUAGCUCACCUGUUCCUUCUCCCGUGCCCUCGCCGUCUCACAGCCCACUCUGCCCGCGCCGCUCCCAUGAGGCUCCGCCCAUCACCAACACCAUCGCUGCCGCUCGGGCAGGACGGAGGCGCCCCAAACAACGGCAGCGCUCUUACAGUGUCACCGGACCCAUCAGUCGCUCCGCCGACUGGACCGAAGAGCUCCGUCCCCUUCCAUCCAAAACCGGCUCUGAGGACUUCCUCGAGUAUGGGGGCUCGGAAGGGACGCUCCGGACAGGAGAGACGACGCUUGAGGCUGGUCGCAGGGCUUCAGCCGGGCAAACCUCCUCCUGCAGUUUUCAUGAUGUGUUCACAGGACGUACUCUGUUGGAGAGGUUUUUCCAUCAGCAGGAGAAGUCAGAGUGUGAAGAAGAGGCGGAGAAGCUGUGCUCUCGAAUCCUGGCCAUGGGGCUCCUCCUGCCCUUCGGUGACUGUUUUGGAGAGCAGUAUGGAGGCAGCACCACGCACGUGACCCCGCAGUUCAGCCAAGAUCAGCUGUACACCUGGGCCCCAGUGAGUCAGCCCCCCCUGUCGCUUGAGCAAUUUGAAGGGCGUUUACCAGGUCACAUCAAGUCCCUGUGGCCUCCACCUCGACCCGAAACUGACGAGAGACCAGGACUCAAGUACACUGAAGCAGAACACCAAGCUGUUGUAUUAGGGCUGAAGAAACAACUGCAGGAGGAAAUCCAGGAGAUUCAGGAAGAGUCCGUGCUGAACACUGUGCGCCUGAAGCAGGAGCACGUGACUGUGAUUCAGCAGCUAGAGCAGACGAUCGAGGACCUACGCAGCAAGAUUGCUGAGCUGGAGAGGCAGCAACACCCCCUGCAGGACCAUGAUGUCAGUACACAGGAGCAGGAGUGCGGCGACGACGAGAGUUUCUUGCCAGAUGUGUGCCAUGUGGACCUGCAGACAGAGAUCUGUGCUCUCCUUGCAUUAGAGGCGAAGUCAGUGCAGACUUCCCCUUCAAAUGAGAGCUUUACGUUCAAAGUGCCUUCUUCAGAGCAGAGCGGUUCAGAGCAUCCUCUGCCCACACUAAGCGAGUCAUCACUGGGAGCGGUGACAGAAUCUCAGCCAGCAGGGACUGGUUCUCCUAAAGCAGGACAGUUUGUGUGUACAUGUCAACAGCAACAAUGGCCUCCACCUCCUCCUCCACCCCCAUUGCCUGGUUUACCUGCCCUACCACUUGCCCCACCUUUACCUGGACUGCCCACACCUCCUCCACCUCCCCCUCCACUAUCAGAACCCUUUAUUUCCCAGCCUCUACCUGCUGCAACUCUACCUCCAGCACCACCACCUCCCCCACCACCUCCACCUUUACCUGGCCAAACAUUAUUACAUCCCCCUCCACCACCUCCUCUGCCAGGGUCAGUUGUUCCACCUCCUCCACCCCCUCCACCUCUGCCUGGCCAAGCUGCAAUGCCACCACCCCCACCACCCCCACCUUUACCUGGAGCAGGUGCUCCACCGCCACCCCCACCUUUACCUGGAGCAGGUGCUCCACCUCCACCCCCACCCUUACCUGGAGCAGGUGCUCCACCGCCACCUCCACCUUUACCUGGAGCAGGAGCUCCACCGCCACCGCCACUGCCACCACCCCCUCCAGGACUGGCUGGCCCUCCAGCUCCCCCACUCCUCCCAGGUGCCUGUGGCCUCCCUCUCCCGAGCAGUUUGGGGUCUCUGCCUCCUCCACUUCCUCUUGGACUGUAUGCUCUGGCUGCAGCCCAGGAGAAGUCUCCUCGAAAAGGACUGGUGGAGCCGCCACACCCCAUGAAACCUCUCUACUGGACCCGCAUCCAGCUCCACGCCAGAAAAGAAGCGACCCCUUUGAUUUGGGAGAAGAUUGAAGAGCCCUCGGUGGAUUUUGAGGAGUUUGUGGAGCUUUUUUCCAAAACUGCAGUGAAAGAGAAGAAAAAGCCCCUCUCGGACACUAUCACCAGGUCUAAGACCAAACAGGUGGUGAAGCUGUUGAACAACAAGCGCUCUCAGGCUGUGGGGAUUCUCAUGUCCAGCCUCCACCUCGACAUGAAGGACAUCCAACAUGCGAUUCUAAACCUGGACAACACCGUGGUGGACCUCGAGACAUUACAAGCUCUGUAUGAGAACAGAGCGCAGGCAGACGAGGUGGAGAAGAUCGACAAGCACAUCAAAUCAACCAAGGAGAAGGAGGGAGCCAAACCUCUGGACAAACCUGAACAGUUCCUGUUCCAGCUCUCCCAAAUUCCCGAGUUCUCAGGAAGGGUCUUUUGUAUUCUGUUUCAGUCCACGUUUUCCGAAUGUAUUUCCUCCAUCCAGCGCAAACUGGAAAUCCUGCAGAGAGUGUGUAAGACUCUGCAAAGUGGUUCUGGCGUGACGCGGGUUCUGGGUCUGGUUCUAGCUUUUGGAAACUUCAUGAACGGAGGGAACCGAACCAGAGGACAAGCAGACGGCUUUGCACUGGAUAUCCUGCCCAAGCUCAAGGACGUCAAAAGCAGCGACAACACCAGAAGUCUGCUGUCUUACAUCGUCGCUUACCACCUGCGACACUUUGAUGAGGACGCUGGCCGGGAGACAUGUGUGUAUCCUCUGCCUGAGCCACAUGACCUGUUCCAGGCGUCUCAGAUGAAGUUUGAGGAUUUUACUAAAGAUCUGCUGAAGCUACGAAAGGACCUGCGAGGCUCCUUGUAGAGUCUGAUCUGAACCAUCUGGCCCUGCAGCAGUAUUCCCCGAGAGCACUCCUGAGUGCUGAACACUCCUCUCUGAAUCACUUCCUCUGGGGCAAGGCCGAUCAUUACACUCGACGAUGAUCACGCCUCAUCAGAGCUGAUAUGACUCUCUUGCAAGACUGAGGCACUCUGAGCACACUUACUGUUUAAGUAUUACAGAUGCUUAUUUAUUUAUUUAUUUAUUUAUUUAUUUUUACCCUUUUCCUUUCUUUUUUUUUAAUUUAUUUAGUUUUUUUACUUUUGUAAGUUUUUGUUACUUUUGUAAGUUUGUUUUCUACCAAAUCCAGUAUCUUUGAACAUAUUUGAUCAAAUGUACACUGUCAGUAAACAGUGUUUGAACUCUAAAUAUUACCUUUUUUGACAAGAUAUUGUUUUUUUUUUGUUGUUGUUUUUUUAACUUGAGAACAAUUUAUAAUAGAAUAAAUAUAAAUAUCGGAAAAGCGCCUAGGUAUUUAUCACGUUAAUUAUAAAAUGAUUUGUUGCGCAUCUUGAUGCAUCUCAAGUUUCAAUUCUUCUAACCUAUAGAUAGAUGACAAAUUAAGGGAAAAACCAACAUAAAGUGUAUUAGAAAAGUUUUGGGCCACCAUGAGCCACAAGAACAACUUCUGUGCAGCUCGGCAUUGAUGCUGCAAGUCUCUGGAACCAGGAGACUGUUCUUCCAAAACACUUUCCCUCUGUGUUUUGAUGAUAGUGAUAGAGAGCACUGUCUAACACAUCACUCAAAUCUCCCAUAAGAAUUCAAUGUGCUUGCGAUCUGGUGAGUGUGACAGCCGUAGUGUACAAGUUGUAUCAUUUUCAUCCUCAUUAAACCUUUUAUUGAGCCCCCUUGCCCUGUGGAUGGGGGCAGAGUCAUCCUAGAAAGAGACCGAGACCACGCCCAUCAGGUUAGAACUUUUUUCUUCAUAUAGUGAGCAGUCAGAAGAGCUGCUGUAUUCAUUUGGAAACACUCUUCCUUUUAAGGGGACAAGUAGACUAAAAGCAUAUCAGCAAAAAUCAUCGCCCCCUAGAGCAUAACAAGAGCAACUUGUUUUGGCUUCCUGAGUUUUAAAAAUGCAUCUAAGAAUGAAUUUUUAAUUUAUUUAAUUCCCAGUAAUCAUCAGUAGGCCUAACACAUUUUUUUCUCUAAGCGCUAAUUUAGCUACUUGGUUGGAUUGGAGAGCUUACUCAUCCUUAAAUAUUCAAAUGUAGAUCUUUGGUAGAACAUUUGUGUAGUAUUUCUGCUUAUUUGCCACUUUGCACUGUAAUAAAACAUCAAACUCCAGCUGUUCAAAAACAUUUGCCUGGUAGUGUAUAUCCUUUAAUCUAAAUUUGCUUUUAGUUUACUCACAUAGAAGUGUGAAUAAAUAAGCUUUUGCUAAAUUGACCUCGUGUCUCACACGCUUCCCCUCUUUCUCUCGCUUGCUCUCUUUCACACACAUUUGCAUUCUCUCUGGUGCGCGCACACACACACACACACACACACACACACACAGACAGAGCGCUUGUCAGAUGUGGCUCCUCCGCUAUUAGCUGUGGAGUUUGUCGUCUCAUUGCAGGGAAGCGCUGCGUGGGUCUCUGGCAGCCGUUUGAUCUCGCAUGGCACCAAUCAGACCCGGCAGCGCUCCCAUACCUCUGUUAUGACUACCCUACAGAGAGAGAGGGAGAGAGAGAGAGGGACUGCACUAAUGGCACAGAAUGAGAUGGAGAGAGUGAGAUUGGGGCGCCGAGAGACCGAAUGAUGCAGGAAGUUGCAAACAAAAAGAAUAAAGAUCCAGGGACAAAAUGUUUAAAGCAGUUUGACUUGUUUUCAUUUUCCAAACUGCAGCUUGAUCUUAGAUGACGCUUUGCAGAGUCUUCAGCUUUCCAUAUCUUUAUGUAAAGACCCAAAGAGGGACAGUGAGGUUACAGAAUGUCCAUAACAACUUUUGAUUAACAACAAUAAACCUUCCACUUGUCAUGAACCAGGAGAUAUAUAUAUAUAUAU